AUGGGUGGUGGUCAUCACACUAGUUACGCUGCCAUAACCAACUCGAUUCGACAGCAUGACCCCGCCAUUGAAAGAUGGUAUAAUAUGCGUGAAGAUAUUUAUAAGAAUUUUCGCUUCACACCCUACGCUGCCCGACGAGUCCUUCUGUGGGGAGUCGCUGUACCAGCAGUAACUGUCUACGUGUUAUACGACCAUAUGCUCAUGUCACUGAGGAAUCCAAAGGCCGGCUCGACACCUACUCCCCCGCUCCGUAAAUCUAUUCCGACCGUCACUAGUUCUCCUGCAACCGGCCUCCAGCCCACUACUCCAUCUGCGCUAGCAACAGAGAUCAGCAUCACCAGCAAUAGCCUUGUAACGAACGAUGCUGGCUCAGUCCAACCAAGCGUCUCCUCGUCAUUUACCGCAUCCCCGAACACAGCUACCGAUAGCGGCAGCAGUUCAAAGAUCAACAGAACUGCACUUAUCGGGAUCAUAGUCGGAGGUUCAGCGUUCAUCCUGCUCAUAUUUCUUAUUGCUCUCUUCUAUAUUCUUCGACGACGGAAAAGACGACGCGGUUUACCGGACAAACUUCCACCAUCCACCGUUGACGAAGAAUCCAAACCUCCCAUCCAUCAAGAACCCUCAAAACCAGUAUCUUUUGAGCAGCCCCGAAAGAGGUCGAUUGGAGAAGGCCCCGUUUACGAGGCCGUCAACCAUGAAGCUCAAGAUUCGCCCAUCCAUCCCAAUCCUGCAUUUCUUCACGAGAAGGAUAAAGAGCUUUCAUCCGAAGCAACGACUCCAAAUAUGCGCCAUA